CCCACUGACAGCAAAAAGUCAGCAUCCCUGGUUACAAAUCAGCUGUUGUUGUGGGCAAAGCAAACGUCCUUGGUAGAUCGCACGGGACAGCAACUUUAUAAUGGUCAUCACCAACAACACAACACUGCCCGAGGAGUCGGAGCUCGAUGUCCAGGAGUUAAAUCUUUCGUCGGCGGCUCUGCGGGCGGGCUCCUUCCAUUUGGGCAAGCAAUGCGAGCAGGCCAAUAAUGAGUUUAUGCUCUGCCGGCAGGAACUGGAUGAUCCUAGGGCCUGCCUGGCGGAAGGCAAGGCGGUCACCAGCUGCGCCCUGGACUUCUUCCGCAAGGUGAAGAAGACCUGCCAUGAGGAGUUCAUGCAGUACGCAACCUGCCUGGACAAGAGCAGCGGAACCAUGGCCUUCUCACAAUGCCGCAAGACGCAGGGAGUGUUCGACAAGUGCAUCAAGGAUAACUUUGACUGGGAUCGUCCCUCCUACGGAUACUUCUCCCGGGCCAAGGUCAUCAAGUCAGCUCGCGAAGCUCCCAAGAAGGAGGAGAAGAUCUCCUAUCCCGAUGCCACCCCCGGUCUGCCCGAGGACUACCCCAAGCCGCCAGCCAAGUACGGCUCCCGCUUCCACUGGCUGGAAUAAACGGCUGCUAGUGCCUAGUGAAAUUUGAAAGCGUUCAUCUUAACAUAAAACUCUUGGUUCCAUUA